CGCUCGCGCUGUAGCCUCUGGCAGGGGCACCCGCAACUAUCACCAGCAAAGUGCAACACUGUUCUCGCGUGCCACCAUUUCCCAAGUAGUCUACUAUAUAAACAACCUAGACUACAGUAUCUGACUGGCAAGGUUUCGACUGCAGUCUGACCACAUCAGGAAGAGACAAAAGCAAUCGCCGUUACAAAGGACAAGAGAACGAGAGGACUUCAGACAUGGUUGAUACUCAGACUCUGGGAUGGUCUAUGGGCUUUGGCCUAACUGCCCUGGAGCUGGAGGAGCUGGACCACAGCUCCCAUCACUGCCUGGACCUUAAGCCUUACUCUAGCCCCUCGCUGGGGGGACUGGACCUGAAGCCCUACUCCACUCCUGUCCUGGACUACAGCAGCAGCAGCUACGGCAGCAUGGAGUACGACCACAACCCCAGCCCCAGUCUGCCCCUGGGAGACUACCAGGGACACACAGACACCGCAGCUCACAUGUACAGCUACAGACAGCCGCAGCACCAGCAGCAACACCAUCAACAGCAGCAACACCAGCAGCUGCAGCAGCCGCAACAGCAAGACAGCCAGAGCUAUAUCAAGCUGGAACCCGAAUCACCACCUCAGUACAGUGAGAGCAGCCUGAGCUUUUCCAAGAUGCAUGAGGACUCGACGGCAGCCAUCUUGAAUAUCGAGUGUCGUGUGUGUGGGGACAAAGCUUCAGGGUUCCACUAUGGCGUCCACGCCUGUGAGGGCUGCAAGGGCUUCUUUCGGCGCACCAUCAGACUGAAGCUGGUGUACGACCACUGUGAGCUGCGCUGCCGUAUCCACAAGAAGAGCCGCAACAAGUGCCAGUACUGCCGCUUCCAGAAGUGCCUGAUGGUGGGCAUGUCACACAACGCGAUCCGCUUCGGGCGUAUGCCACAGGCGGAGAAGGAGAAGCUAUUGGCGGAGGUGUCUGCGGACAUGGAGCACCUGCACCCCGACUGUGCCGACCUGCGCGCGCUGUCUAAGCACCUGUACGAGUCCUUCCUGAGGUCCUUCUGCCUCACCAAGGCCAAGGCCAGAUCCAUACUCUCCGGCAAGACCGACAGCGCUCAGCCCUUUGUGAUCCACGACAGGCGCUCCCUGUCAGAGGGCGAGCAGCUCUUCACCAUCCGCCCCAUGUCGCCCUCUAUAUGUCAGCAGCACCAGCACCUGCAGGACCAGCCUUACCCCCACCGCCACCCCGAGCCGCCCUUUUCUCGCGACCCGGCGGAGGAGGUGGAGAUGCGCUUCUUCCUCCGCCUCCAGGCGCGCUCGGCCGAGGCGGUGCGCGAGAUCACCGAGUUCGCCAAGAGCAUCCCGGGCUUCGUGGAGCUGGACCUGAACGACCAGGUGACGCUGCUCAAGUACGCCGUCAUGGAGGUGCUGAUCCUGAUCAUGGCGCCCUUCAUGAACAAGGACGGCAUGCUGAUUGGCAAUGGCCGCGUCUUCAUGACGCGCGAGUUCCUCAAGAGCAUGCGCAAGCCCUUCUUCCAGAUGAUGGAGCCCCGCUUCGACUUCUCCAUCAAGUUCAACACCCUGGAGCUGGACGACAGCGACAUGGCUCUCUUCCUCUCCGUCAUCAUCCUCAGCGGAGACCGGCCGGGGCUGCUGAACACGCGGCCCAUUGAGGCGCUGCAGGAGACGGUGUUGCACUCCCUGGAGCUGCAGCUGAAGAUGUCCCACCCAGAUACGCUGCAGCUCUUCGCCAAGGUGCUGCAGAAGAUGACCGACCUGCGGCAACUGGUCUCUGACCACGUGCACGCCAUCACGCUACUCAAGCAGACCGACGUGGACUUGUGCCUGCACCCACUGCUGCAGGAGAUCAUCAAAGACCUCUACUAGCACCAGGAGGAUGACAGACUUAGCAGCAGGAGAAUGACUGGGACUAUGGGGCUUGGAGUGCUAUGCGGAUGAGGGACUUGUACAAGCAGGGCUAUGAGGCUUGUGCUAGGGACUUGUGCAAGCAGGAUGGAUUCGAGGGACAGGAUGAACCAGGAGGAGUAUCUAUGAGGUUUGUGAGGGACUUGUUCUAGAAGUAUAGGACUUACUCAAGAGACUAGUAGUCCUAUACUUCUAGUACGACACUUGUACUAGGAGUAUUUGUGCACACUUGCACAAAGAGUGUAACCGAUUUGUACCAGGUCUACAAGGGACUUACUGUAUACUAGAAGUACAAGGGAUUCAUAUCUAGCAUACAGGACCUUUACCAGCAGUAUAGGGGACUUAUAUUUUAAAAGACUUGGACUACAAGUGUAAGACUUGUACUUACGACUAUAAGACUUGCACUUAAUAGGAGUAUAAAAGACUUGUACUAGCGAUAAUGCUGGUGGCAAUAAUAACCUGACGCCAAAGUGUGUAGCUCCGUUUGUGCCUUUUCUCUGGUGGCAGCUAUGGCAAAGUGGCUGUUUGUCCUUGAUGCUCUUGCACUGGAUGGCAGACUGGCCCACUGAUAAGAGUUUGCCCUCCGCCAUGGCUCUGGGGACCGACUGAUGUUUUAGAAAGAGGGAGGAUUGUGAGGAUAUCUUUUAUUGAAUGCUUUUGUGGGACUGUGCGGACUAUUUUGAGGCUGGGGGAAAUGCCUUUAUUUAAACAAAUGAGCAAUAAACUUCGCUUGAAACCAAUGGGAACAGCCAAGAAUCUGUUAAAACACACACAUACAAAAAAAUGUCUGGUUUACCUUUAGACAACCGUAACAUAGCCGUGUAGAAACUGUAUUUGUAUGAAUAGUAUUAGGUCACAGAGUGUUAUGAAUGGCCAUACACAGUGUGGUCUGAUGUUUUACCAUACUAAAAUCUACAUCAACUGUAUACUGUAUGUCCAGUAGUUUUCUGUGUAAGUGUUACUUAAAGGAAGUGAAUGUGCAGGAUUGCUAUGAGGGAAGGGGGCAAAAUGUCACUGUGAAUGCGUUUCAUGAGUCUUGAAACUAUGUAUAUAUGUGUUAUUAUUUUGCUUUGCCAGAUUUUUUUUCAUCAUUUAAUCAAGAUCUCAAUUUUUAUGGUGCAUCAUAAUUCAAGAAACUAUAUACAACGUAUGAAAGUAUGAGUAAUGUAUGUUAUUUGAGGUUAAGCUCGUCCAACAAAAACAUCUCUAGUUAUCUCACACUGAAUGAUUAUAUUGACCGCAAGCCAUUGUGACUUGAUGCAUCGAAAGGGAAAUAUAGCACAUGUGCCUUCUGAAGAUUUGUACUUUUUUGUAUUUAUAGAUCCAUUGGCAGAAGAAAAUGCAUUUUGGAAAAAAAAUCCAUCAGGAACAAAAAAAUGUCUGAAUAAAGUCCAUGCUAA